AUGAUUUCAAUGAUACCCACAGACCUGCUGUUUCUGAAAGUGGGUUUCAACAACCCCGAGCUCCGACUGAACCGACUCGCGAAGAUGAACCGCCUCUUCGAGUUCUUUGACCGCACAGAAACCAGGACCAGCUUCCCCAACGUUUUCCGAAUCAGUAACCUGGUACUUUACAUCCUGAUCAUCAUCCACUGGAACGCCUGCAUCUUCUUCGCCAUCUCCAAGACCAUCGGGUUCGGCUCCGACACCUGGGUGUACCCCAACAUCAGUCACCCUGAGCAUGGCCGCCUUGCCAGGAAGUACAUCUACUGUCUCUAUUGGUCGACCCUGACCCUGACCACCAUCGGAGAAACCCCGCCACCCGUUAGGGACUUUGAGUACCUCUUUGUGGUCACCGACUUCCUCAUCGGUGUGCUGAUUUUUGCCACCAUCGUUGGUAACGUUGGCGCCAUGAUCUCAAACAUGAACAAAACCCGUGCGGAAUUCCAGGCCAAGAUCGAUUCCAUCAAGCAGUACAUGCAUUUCCGUAAGGUCUCCAAGGAUCUGGAAGCCAGGGUCAUCAAGUGGUUUGACUACCUCUGGACAGAGAAGAAGACCUGCGAUGAGAAGGAGGUGCUGAAGAACCUGCCAGACAAGCUGAAGGCCGAGAUCGCCAUCAACGUCCAUCUGGACACCCUGAAGAAGGUACGUAUCUUCCAGGACUGUGAGGCCGGUCUUCUGAUUGAGUUGGUGCUGAAGCUGCAGCCUCAGGUGUUCUCCCCAGGAGAUUACAUCUGUAAGAAGGGAGACAUCGGCAGAGAGAUGUACAUCAUUAAGGAAGGGAAGCUGGCUGUGGUGGCGGACGACGGGGUGACACAGUUCGUGGUGCUCAGCGACGGCGCGUACUUCGGAGAGAUCAGUAUCCUGGGCAUCAAGGGUUCCAAAGCUGGCAACAGGAGAACGGCCAACAUCAGGAGCGUGGGUUACUCGGACCUCUUCGCCCUGUCGAAAGACGAUCUCAUGGAGGCCCUCACUGAGUACCCCGACGCCAAGAAGGCUCUGGAAGAAAAGGGAAAAGCUAUGCUGAUGAAAGACAACAUGAUCGACGAGGACAUCGCUAACGCGAGAGCCGACCCCAAGGACAUGGAGGAGAAGAUCCAGAGGCUGGAGAGCAAUAUGGAAACCAUGAUGACCAAGUUCGCCAAGAUCAUGGCUGAGUUCACAUCCAGCCAGAGAAAGAUUAAACAGAGGAUCACCAACAUAGAGUCAACAGUCAAGUCAGUCCGGCCCGAGGAUAUAUCUGAAGUGGUGGCCGACAACAAGACUCAGUAGUCCCACAACGCAACGUAUUUAACCAGAGACUUGUUCUAUUUAACCUUUAUUAUGACAGGGAGCCAUGCUGAGACCAAUGUCUGAGAUGUCUCUUUUAACUUAAAAAAUAUACACAUAAUAUGCGAAAAGCGAAACAGAGAUACAAAACACAAUCAUACAAAACACAAUCAUACAAAACACAAUCAUACAAAACAAACACAUUCUUCAGUAAAAAGGUCCUCAAUCAGCCAUCUGAAUUGCCCAAGAGGCACCAAAUGAUCAACAUUUUAGAAAGUAGGCUGGCCUAAACUAAAGCAGAUUUACCUAACUCAGUGGAGAUUGAAGGGAUCUCCAGAGUAAGCCAUCGAAUGAGAUCGGGUCUGGCAUCUCGUACGUCUGUAGGUUAACAAUUAAGUAAGGUACUGCGGAAGUGCAAUGCAUCGAUCUACGAGACUUCAAAAGAGGGCCAGCCUACUUUAAGCUGAUGGUACACUACAAAAAAUGUUUGGGCAAUAUUGCAGAGCAAUGCUGCUAGCAAUGGUUGCUGCAACUUUUUUUCCAUUGAAAAUGAGCAACUUUUUGUUAUCUGGGGAGUUUUGA